AUGGAUGAUGACGAAAUAAACAAAGAGAAACCAAGAGUUCACAUAUCCAUAAAGGAAAGACAAAUAAGAAUAUCUCAGUUGUUAAACUCCAACAAAAAUGAUAAGGGUCCCACAAAAACAGUAGAGUUCAAUUUACUAGAAGAACAAAACAAAUCAAAAUGUGUAAGUAAAAUAAAUAUGGAAAAGAGACAACUAAGCCUUAAAAAUAUAACUAUAGCUGAAAAAUUAAAUAAUGUCUUAUUUUCUAAGGGGAAUAGCUACACAGAUACAUUAAUAUCUUAUGAUAAAAAAAAUACAGAGAACUCAAAAGAAUUGAAUUUAAAAAAUAAAAAUGGAGGAUCUAUUAAAAAAAUGGAUAAUUCUCUUUUAAGUAAGAAAAUAAGUGAAAAUUAUAAAAAUCAAUUAAGUAAUGUUUUGCUUAUGAAAAAUCAUAAUCCUCAAGCUUUACCUUAUAAAAAUGCUCCAAAAAAAAAAAAAAAUACAGAUAUAUUUGAAAAAGCUAUAAGUAUUGAAGGUGUUUUAAUGAACACCAUAGUGAAUCAUUCUAAUGAAGAUAAUGAAACUGAAAAAAAAAAACAUAUAUUGAAAUUAUUUUCAAAAAACAAUUUUCAUCCUAAUAAACAAGAUACUACUAUGGAAAAAAAUAAUAAUUCAUUACACAAAGAAACGAAAAGUUAUAAAAAUAAAACAUUUACAGACAGGUUUUUAAAUCUAAAACAUCAAUCCUAUAAUUCACAGGAUACCAACUCAGAAAAUACUUCUAAAGAUAAUACUUUAGUUCAAAAUACAACAACAUUAAACAAAAACAAAAAAAAUAUUUUUUCCUAUUUUAAAAAUAUAUGCAAGAGAAAAAAAUAUAAAAUAAAUUCAAAACAACAAUUACAUAGUUCACAAUCAAACAGCACUACUUCUAUACAAUCAUUAAAUAAAAAUAAAAAACAUUCCAAAUUUUUCUUUUUUUGUGUAAAAUGA